AUGUACAAGUCGUUUGAUGACGUUCCUACCAGAGAGAUUACGGCCUGCCGCGAUGUAUGGGAGAAACUGGGAGAGACCCUCGGACCCCAAUUCAAGUUUGAGCCUGUCGACAUCAACGGUCUCUGGGACCUGGUUUUCGAAAAUGGCUGGACGACUGCCGACUCCGCCGGCAUGCGUCCCGAGCCUGCUCCUCGUGACGAUUCAAAGUUGAUCGUCCAUGUUGGAAAGUGGAUGGAAGACCUUCCUAAGGCUUCGGACGACAUGCCCGACAUUGAGGCACGUCGCAAGUGGCGUGCCGCCUACGUCAAAUACAUGUGCACCUCUGAUGAUCACAUAUUUGGCUCGACUUUCACAUUCUGCGACAGGCACGGUCAGGAGGGCCCUCAAUCCGCCAUUCACUUCCUUGGUGAAAACUCCAACUACUUUGGCAGGGCUGUCGCGAGAUUUGAGCAACACGAGAUGGACCGCCUCAAGACCUUCAAUGAGGAUCUUGCCGUGUACAUCGUGAGACGCCGGUUGCAGCUAUGGAGCCAAGAUGGAUUCAAGCACCCUUACGCAGAUCCCCACGGUCGCGACGAUGAGGAGCUCCAAUUCUAUAUCUCCGAUCCGCAGGACAUGCAAGCCUUCCGGGAGAUGGCUCGUCCUAUGGCAAUUCUCCAUAUGAUGGCCGAGGCGUUGACGGAGUACAACGAGCAGAAAAUGGAAGAUCGUCGGGAAAGAAGAAGAUAUUGGGGGGAGUGA